AUGUCGAGCGAGAGAAUCGGCGGUCGAUGGGCGGGACGAAGGGUAUCAACGACGAGCAAGCCGAAACUUGAGUCGGAUGAGGAAGGGAAUGAGGUAUCAAUCCACCGAAUUAUCAAACAUGGACGUUAUAUCGAGGGUCCUGUGUCGUCGUGCGGUCAGCGCCAGACGGGCGAUCUGACCAAGGACGCUGCCGGAGCGAACGGUCGGAGAGGACGAUGCCAUGGGAUGGAGGAUGAGGACCGAAUGGACGAAAUUGACGGUGUGAUAGAGUGUAUCGGGAGUGAAGAGAGGAGGAGAAGCAGAAGUAUGGUCAAGGUAGGAAGAGGAGUGGUAGGAGAGAAAGAGGAGAGGUUGAGCUGGGACUGGUCCAGACAUCAAACCUCUCUCGACAUUGAGCCCGGCGGAAGCACAGGAGAGUCGGGACUCGGGAUCUUGGAGCAGAAUGAGGGAAAAAGAGGAGCCAAGUUGAGAGGUUACGAUUUUGUGUCUGCGGUCCGUCAGUCACCUCAGUCCAAGUCCAGGUCCCAGGUCCCGUCCCGUCCAGUCCAGUCCAGUCCGGUUUCCAGUUUCCCAAUUUCCAGGUCUGGUCCCGUCAGGUCAGGUACCGUCCACAUCGCCGCACCGUCAGUCAAGUACCUGACCUUCUGGUUAGGUUUGUCUCUGCUCCUGGCGGGGAUGGAGUGGCUAGGUACCUGGACCCCCUGGGCCUCCCGUACGACAUUGCAGGAGCAGCCCACUGUCGUGGUGACCGGGGCCCCCUCGAGUGCCGGCAGUAACUUCCCUUGGGUGACAGUGCGCGAUGAACUGUGCCAGCUUCGAUUCCUCAUCCUUGGCGGGUCAUGCCUAAUUGCCUUUGCCUCAGGGCACUUGGUGCUGCAGCUUAGGCACGUAUCACCCCAAGUUGAGGGACCUCACAGGGGCCAUCCUCCUCCCCCUUUCCGGGCAAUCGCCAGGCAGGUGGCUAGUUCGCCCCAGAACAAGGCCUUGCCGCACUCGUGGGACCUCACCGCACCUUCAGGCUUAGGCAGAGUGGAGGGCAGUGGCACCUGCCUACCUGCCGGACCCGCUCAUCCCGUCUGGCUACCUAUUCUCCUAGGGUACCUCCACGUCGCAGGCGCAUUUGCUCUGCGUCUCGACAAGACCCUUGGGCCUAUGUUUUUCGAGGUCGAUAUGAUGACUACCAUAUAUGCGAACAUCUUGGAGUCCUUCGUCGGGUUUCUAGGCGGUGCUAUGCGGUCAGGGACGACGGCGACGCACCGAGGCCCAAGUCGCUCAUGCUUGCGCAACUUGGGAGCCACACGCCGCCGCCGCCGCCGCCGCCGCUGCGCGCACAACGAAGGAGCGACACUGUAUCCGUAUGGAAAGGCUUCUCCUUCUUCUGUGUGUGGUAAGGCGGUCAAAGUCAAGAUCUGCUGGGCCGGCUGGUCUGAUCCAUCAAAUCUCGUCAAGUGGCUAUUUGCGGAUAUGAUGGCCUCUUCGCCUAGCCGUAAUUACCUGGGCCUCCCUUCACCAGUCCUGCUUUCUCUCUCAAACAGUCCUUCUAGAAGCCUCAAUCUCUGGCAGGGCAUACUUUUGAAUCCUGUUCUUUGGGACAGGGGUAAACGGGGUACGGAGUAUGGAUUCAAGGGACUGACAGACAUACACUCACUCUCACACAUGAAUAUGCAUUCGUUCCGUACCGAUGACGAGCCAGCGCUCCUCCUUGUGCAAGGAACAUACGUCGCGAGUUGUGUGCCUCGUACUGAAUCUGACCUCACCUUACCACACCUCAUUACAUGGACAUACUCUCAUCCAUUCACCAAUAGCAACUUGACCCUCACGCCUCGUGUCGGCUCACCCCAAGGCGACCCGAACUUGUAUAAGAGAGAAACUGAUGGGCCAGUCAAACUGGCUCAAACCGGUCCGUUCCCCGCGAGCAAACAAGACACAAAAACCUUACCUUUUCCAAGGUCCUUUUUGGCACCUUCAGCGUCUAAUUCAUACGGUGCCGAGCCCGUCACCUUCACCUCACCCAACUACAACGAACAUGAAGACUUAUUGAUAAUUGAUAUCGCGGCGCAAUGCGCCCGCCAUUGUCCAGUCCUUCCCGGGCAUCUCACCAAAUAUGAAAAGUUAUACGUAUCACUAUCUCUCUCCCCUCAUAUCAAAUUCGUCGGCUCAAUGGGACAAUUCGGCGCUUCGCAACAGGAAAAAAGCGCCAUCCCACCCUACCCGCAACCAAAACCGGCCCCAGGCCAGGGUUUAUCGCAUCAGACGGAGGGACUCGAUGUGCUACUCGGAAUCGCAUGGCCAAUCUUGGCGCAAAGGAAAGCUGCUGUCCUCGGUAUGGACCGCGAUGGCCCAUCGCCGCGGGGGGGUCCAGCUUUCAACUCGCCCGUUUCCAAGUUAAACCGCCUCAAAGAUACCUGGACCCAUGAACCCCGGCCCUUCUGCGCCACAGAAGCUGCAAGUUCCGGUAUGGAUGCCGGAUGUGUUUUGGCGCCAAUCCAUCCGUCCCCAACCAUUGAGAUCGUUCUCCCACCGUGGUACGGGAUACCUCAGCUGAGAAAAAAAAACCGCCUAAUGUCUUCCCAUUUCCAAAGAGACGGGCAUAGAGAGAGAGAGAUAGAGAGGAGCCAGCCCAAAGCACGGUACCUGCUCUACGGCGCAAAGACCACGAACCCGUCUUAG